AUGCGCCUUACUGCCGAAGGCUUUGCUUUAGAGCCAGAAGAGAUGCAACUUCCCAAGCAACAGAAGCUAAAAUUUUUGAAUGAUCAGAACCUUCAUCAUUAUGUUGUCUUCUCUGAUAAUAUUCUGGCAUGUGCAGUGGUUGUUAGCUCCACUGUUUCUGCAGCGGCGAUUUUAAGCAAUGAGUCACUGAUUGAUCUUGAUAUAAUGUACAGGCACACGGCUUCUGUUGCUGCAGGAAACCAUGGGGUUCCAGUUGUGAUGAUGUGUAAUCUGGAGUUAUUGAAGAUGGCCUCUGAAGGCAUGAAGAACUUGAGGCCUGAAGACCUGAAGAAUGCAGCAGAACAGUUGAAGCAUACCCAUCGAGAGGAGAUGGCUGAGAUUGGAGAGAAGAUGGCUAACUCAACGCCUGAAGAGAUAGCAGCUAUGCGUACACGUCUUGAUGCCCAGAUCACUUAUGAAUUGAAUGGAGCUCAGAUGCUGAAGAAACAGGGAAAUGAGCUUCAUAGCCAGGGAAAGUACAAUGAUGCCUUGCAGAAGUACUGUCUUGUGAGUAUAUUUACUGUUACUUUGGCCUACUUGAAGAGAACUUUCUCUACUUUCAGUGUGAACUUUUGGUUUUUGAGUAUGAUUAGUACUUUUCAUUUUCUCAUUUUCAAUCUAUCAGUUCUGAUCCUAUAA